ACUGUGCAGUGUGAACCAGCAGGUCAGUCACGCACAUUCCCUUAUAUUUUAUGGGAUGUUGUUGAAAAUGACACCUAUCGGUCCAUCUGGUGGAGUGCUGAUGGAACUGCCGUGGUUAUCCACGAGAUGAUGUUCAUGGCUGAAAUCCUUGAAAGGGAUGUGACUGAUCGCAAAUUCGGCACAAAGAGCAUUAAGAACUUCUAUCGCCAGCUUAACCUGUAUGGAUUUACCAGGUCUGGAUUUAAUCUAGAAAACCAUGGAAAUCCCAGCAUGGAUAUCACUGCCAGAGAGGUCAAGGUGUUUGCCAAUCCUUAUUUCCAGAGGGGAUCUGGGCACCUCCUGUCCCAGGUGAAGCGGCGCCUAGGGGCCAAAGCUACUAAAACAUCCCCAGUAGCUGAAAGCUUUAAAGCUUCUGGAGAUGGUUGCAAGCUGUGUGAUGUAAUGGUCAGCUCAACCUCCCGCAGACCCGCAAUCCUAUCCCAUGAUAAGACCCUACUUGGGCCCAGCCUUGACCUGUCUCUCAUGCUGACUGCCUUGGGGAGCAAGCUAAGGGCCUUGAUCUACUUCCUUCGGAUGCAAAACACCAUUGGCAACUCAGCAGCUCCAUUGACUUCCGGCAACAUCAACAGGAUCAGUGGCUGA